ACAUAUUCCGAUACAGUUUUCCCAUCUCCAAGCCUUUAUUGUUGAUAUACUGAAUGUUCUUUUUAAUUUGGAUGCGAUUUCAUUUUCGCAUUCCCUGGAAAGAACAGGAAAUCUUCCUCUUUUGGCGGAAGGUGAAGAACAGAGAAAUCACGGCAAAACCCUAAACCCGGAUCCGGGUCCGUACCAGAAUCCGACAAAAAGCCAAGUAAGUGCUUCAGGGCGUUUGAAAAAUGGGAUCUCUAGUCCCAUUUCAAGACCUUAAUCACAUGCCGGACCCACAAGCCACCGCUUCCUCCUCCGCCGGCCUCUCCGCUGGUGCCACCACCGGAGUCGCCCCCGGGUUUCUUGUUCCGAAGAUAGAGCCAAAGACUGAGCCAAUCGAUGAAUGGCAAGGCCAAAACCACUCUGUCUCUGCAUUCUUCUCCAAUUCCCAAAAUACCCCUCCUCCUCCGCCAUCGUCGUCCUCUUCCUCCGGAGACAGUGAUGUGUACGCGGAGUUCAACCGUGUUUCGGAGCUAUUCCGCUCGGCGUUCGCGGCCAGGCUCGAGAGGUACGGUGAUCUCUCUGUAAUCGAUGCAAUCGAUCCCGUGCCGGAGGGCUUCCAGCUCCCGACGUCAGGAUCGCCAUCGGGGGUCGGCGACAACCGCCUCUCGAAGUACGUCGUCUCGCCGCGUCCCUCCGCCGCUAAAUUCCAAAGACCGCAAGAGCUCGCCCGGGUCGCGGCUCUAGGGCUCGAGGAUCAGAAGCACUUCCGAGAAAUCGUGAAGCGGACCCGGAUGAUCUACGAUUCUCUCCGGAUUUUUCUCAUGACUGAAGAGAUGAAACAGUUUGGUGUCGGGUGCCGGCGACGAGCAAGGGGCGAUCUUCGGGCUUCCUCUCUCAUGAGGGAAUGUGGGUUAUGGUUAAAUCAGGACAAACACAUCGUGGGUUCCAUUCCAGGAAUUCAUGUCGGAGAUUUGUUCUUCUACCGUAUGGAACUAUGCGUGUUGGGUUUGCACGGCCAACCACAGGCCGGAAUCGACUAUUUGACAGCUUGGCGGAGCUCCAAUGGUGAGCCCAUCGCCACCAGCAUUAUUGUCUCGGGUGGUUACGAGGACGACGAGGACAUAGGAGACGUUCUCAUAUAUACAGGCCAUGGUGGUCAGGACAAGUUACAUAGGCAGUGUCAGCAUCAGAAGCUAGAAGGUGGAAAUUUAGCAAUGGAGAGGAGUAAGUGCUACGGGAUUGAGGUACGAGUGAUAAGGGGGUUUAAGUAUGAAAACAGCAUUAGUUCCAAGGUUUAUGUCUAUGAUGGAUUGUACAGGAUUGUGGACUGUUGGUUUGAUGUCGGGAAAUCGGGUUUUGGGGUGUUCAAGUUUAAGCUAGUCAGAAUCGAGGGGCAACCCGAGCUGGGUAGUGCAGUUAUGAAGUUUGCACAGAUGCUUAGAACUAAACCCUUGACAGCAAGACCCUCUGGCUAUAUAAGUUUCGACAUAUCUUGCAAUAAGGAGAAAGUGCCGGUGUAUCUUUACAAUGACAUGGAUGCUGAUCGUGAACCAUUGUAUUAUGAAUACAUAGACAAGUCUGCCUUUCCGCCAUUUGUUUCCUUUCAAGGAGAUAACAAUUUGAUUGGCUGUGACUGUGUUUCUGAUUGCAACGAUGAUUGCCCUUGUGCAAGGAAGAAUGGCGGUCAGUUUGCUUAUGACUACAGUGGGAACCUGAUGAGAGGAAAGCAGGUGAUAUUUGAAUGUGGGACAUUGUGCAAGUGCAGCCUCAAUUGUAGAAACCGUGUUACGCAAAAGGGGUUGAGGAUUAGGUUAGAGGUUUUCAGAUCGAAAGAAACGGGGUGGGGUGUCAGGACGCUAGAUCUGAUCCAAGCAGGUGCUUUCAUAUGUGAAUAUGCAGGUGUUGCUCUUACAAGAGAACAAGCCCAGAUUCUGUCGAUGAAUGGAGAUACAUUGAUCUAUCCUGGUCGGUUUACUGAAAAAUGGGGAAUGUGGGGUGAUUUAUCUCAGAUAUACCCGGAUCAUGUUCGCCCGAGUUUUCCAUCUCUCCCGCCGUUGGAUUUUGCAAUGGAUGUAUCAAGGAUGAGAAAUGUGGCUUGCUACAUUAGCCACAGCAACGAACCGAACGUCCUUGUGCAGUAUGUAUUGUACGAUCACAAUAACUUGAUGUUCCCUCGGGUUAUGCUUUUUGCGUUGGAGAAUAUCCCACCCCUCGUCGAGCUCAGUCUGGAUUAUGGAGUGGCCGAUGAAUGGAGUGGAAAACUCUCUAUCUGCAACUGAAGAAUGACUGAAAGCUUCUAUCUUGUUUCUUCCCCAUAUUCUGACACAGACUGAAAGCUCUUCUGGAUGCAGAUGGAGAAAAUAUUUUUGUAUGAAGCUUUCACUGCCCCAUUCUCUUCCGAGCAUGUUUGCAGGUUAUUACAACAAAAGCUUCAUGGGAUGUUGCAAUGGCAGAAGAAAAAGCUGUCAUCCACUGCUGCUGAGAGCUACUGGUUUUGAUCUUUUCUUGUCAAUGUGUAACUUUGUGUUUGUGUUUGUGGGGAAUUUGUUUCUUGUCUCCAUCGUACAUAUAUAUAUAUAUAUGUAUAUAUAUAUGUAUAUGAUGGGGGAGUUGAAGCUGAUGAAAGAAGACAGGAGUGGGAAUGUAAACCGAUAUGGAAGCAGCUCAUUUUGAAUUGUCUAAAUGUUUGUUUGGGUUUCAGAGAAAAAGAGAUGUAUUAAUAAGAUGUCUGAACAUUACAAGAUUUCAGAUUUGUUUGAUUUCAUUCA